AUGGAUGACGACGAGGCUGGGGAUUCAGUGAGCUUGCCACCCUCAGUCGCGGAGACAGAUGAUGAAGCGCUGCAGCAGCAGCAAGAUGAUGAAGACGACGUGUCUUUGCCGCCAGAGGUGGUGGAAGAUGGUUUUCCUGAGGAGGCUCAGUGCUGCAAGAGGCGCAAUUGCAAAUCACUCUUCGAUCGAGCAGUUUUGGAAACGUACCAGGCUGAAUUUUCCCAUUGCAGCCAAGCCGUGCGCUUGAACAAAGCUUAUGAGAAAGUCCGCGAUGUCUUCAAGGCCGGCGGGUCUGACACGAAGAAGCCAAUGCCAUGGGCACUGCUGGGCAAACCAGUGUGCAGGAAGUUCUUUGAAACAAUCCAUCAAGUUGGCCAUGGCACUAUGGACCAAAUGGUUCUCCAUUGCAAAAAUGGCCACACAUCCUGGCCGCAACAACGGGGUCCUAGACUGCAAAGAGACGCUCCUGCCACCGAUACCGUGGAUGUUUGGUUCAUGACGGUGUACAAUGACCUGGCUGAACCUCUUGCCAUUCCUGGUUCGGAAGGGCGGUUGGAAUCUGCUGGGCUUGAGGAACAGCUGCAGCAACAUGAAGUAGUGGACGGAAAUGACCCGUUGCUGUCAGUCAGUCUCAAUUUGAGGCGGCACGCGAAUCCAAAGACAGACCCGCAUGGGCGGGUGCUGAUCCCUAAAAGGUAUUUGAAUUUUGCAGAUGAGUCUGCUCUAUUCAACUUCUACCAGAUCGACGAACCAUCUCCGCAGCAAGUUUCCCGUAGCACCUUUCGAAAGGCAUGGGGAAAAUGGUCGAGGAUCAUGGCUUUCAAAAACAAAGGUGAGAACAGCAAACGCAACAUUUGCGCCAGGUUGACAGUCGAGCGAGCUGAAGCUGUUGAGCCAUCGGAAAGGCUACGUGUCGAUGCUGCAAAACGCCAACAUUUAGAUUGUGUUAUGGCUGAUCGAUCAGUGAGCGUGCGAUGCAACAAGCUGGCAUCCCGAGCAGAUGUCUGGCUGACCAAGCAGAAUCAUUCCAGCAUGUGCAAGCUGAUGCUGGAUGGAAUGGAUCAGUCGAAAUUUGCCAUACCCAGAAGGAAGGAUAUGAGUGGCACCUCUUCCUGGUCAAAGUGCUGGCGCCCGUCCAUCCAUGUGACCGGGUGCAUUUGCUUCGGUCAAUUCGAGUAUUACGCCAUCAUGAGACCUGACCAAGCCAAAGACAGCAACAUGAACGCAACCAUCACGCGCCGUGUACUCGAUCUGCUUCACACCAAACUGCAGAGUCAAGGCCCGGAAUACUCCUUUCCACCAGAGCUUGUAGUGAUGUGUGACAACACACCAAGAGAAGCCAAAAACGCAUUCUAUGCAUCAUAUUUAUCCACAUUGGUGGGUAAGCAGCUGUUCAAGCAAGUGGAGUGCCAUUUUCUUCAAGUUGAUCAUACGCAUAAUGAACUCGAUCAACGCUUCAGCUCAAUGGCCAGCGUGAUAAAGGGAGCUGCCUGCUUGGAGGACAUUGCUGAUUUGGUCGAGUACUUGAAGGAUCACAUGAAAGCAGCUGUCAACAGAGAGAUUGUGAUCGAAGAGUUGACAAAUACUAUGGAUUUCAAGACUUGGCUGGGAGAUGCCAACCUACAUGUCCAAGGGCUGACAAGUACCCACUUGGAGCCGCACGCCAAUCAUGUUUGGAGAUUUACUCCCCGCGCUGAAGUGGACCCGGCCCAUGGAGCUAUCGAGUGCCAUCACCCAGAUUGGCGUGGUCUUCCGGAGCAUCCACAAGAUGUGAUCUUGACAGUGAAGCAGUACAUGAGCUCCCCAUCUCCAUCCCAAUGUCCGCAGCUGAUUCUACCCUUGGCAAUAAGCGAGAAAUUGCAGGAGGAGAAGCUCAAGCCUGCUGCCCAGAAUCAAUUUAGCGAAACCACGCUGCAGGAGUUCCGGAAGACAGCUGAAAUUUUUUCCCAGCCCCCAUGGUCUAUGCUAAAGGCCAAAUGCUUUUUGGAGGACCUGUGUGACAAGAAUCAGACCUGUCACAUGUAUCCUGGCUACAAGUUUGAGUUCUAUUUUUCGGAGGAUUUCGCAGAGCAGCGAUGCCUUGAAUCAGGGCGUUUGGACGCAGCUCUGCCACAAGACUUGGAAACCGCUGAUGUUGAACCUGAAGCGCCUCCACGUCGUGUCAUGGUUGUCAAGGGCAAGAACAAGCCGCCAAAGGCGAAAGCAAAAGUUAAGGGGGCUGCCAAAGUUCAAGCCGGCAAAGCAGUUUUGAAACGUCCAGCCGCAAGUGGCGUUGUUCAGCCAGAGCCUAUCGUUGAGGAGCGCGCAGAAUCUGAAAGUGGCCUGGCCCCGGCCCAACCGGAUACAUCAAUGUCCUUGGAGUCGGAUUCGGAUGUUGAGUUGCCAGAUCCUGUGUUUGAUUUCGACACGGAGAACAUAUCGCCAGUUGCCUCUGCCGUACCUGCGCCUGAACAAGUGGCCACACACGGGCCGCAGGAUUUCAAUUUGUUCGCGUUGGAAUUGUUUUCCCCUCCGCGCGUGCUUCCACAUGUGAGAUCCGUUGGUGGCCCAUGCCGGAUGUCCUUGGAUAUCCUGACCGGUUGGAACCUGCAGCACAAGGAAGUUCAAGACAUUGUUUUUGGCAUGUUGGAAGCAGGCAAACCCAGAAUGGUUUUUUUGUCUCCGCCUUGUACCAUUUUCAGCUGUUUGCAAAAAUGCUUUCGCAAUUAUGAGAAGAUGGGCCCCAAAGUUCUGGAAGAGAGAUGGCGAGAAGGUUGUGACCAUAUGAAUUUGUCGGUGACCGUUGCUGAGCGGCAGGACCACAACGAUGACUUCUUCAUGUUGGAACACCCACAGCGAGCCUCCUCGUGGGAAUUGGAAUCCACUCAGAAAUUGCGGGCUAAGCAGCGUGUAGGCAGCGUUGAUUUCGAUCAAUGCAUGCUAGGCCUUCGAACUGUCAUGGCUUCGGAAGCUCCAGAGUCAUCUGCGGCAACAGCUGCUGCAGCAGCUCCCCCUGAUGAUGCCUGGACACACAGCGUCAUGGCUGUGGAUGAUGAUGGUGCCCAGAGCCAGGUCAUGGCUUCGUGUGAGACUUGCUUGGCACAAUGCGGCGGGCCGAGUCAAUACCUUCAAAGGUAUUUGCGGACUGCAGAUGAGGGCUUUGAAUUCAUGGAAUGGUUGAGGGAGCAAUUUCCGGAGCAAGAUGGCACCCUCUACCACCAAGAAGCAAAGUUGCCGUGCUUCAAGGACAGUUCAGACUUGGCUUGCGCUGCUCCCACUUGUGUCCAUGUGUCUUCCUUGGGGUUCACGAGCAACUGCAGCCUCAAACCUGGGCCUGGGGCGGGUCUGGCAACCUCUUUGCUCCAAGAGUUUCUCAAAGAUGGCUUUGUGACUGCUGGUGACCCGCUGUUGGUUUUGCAGCAUGAAGCUUGCGUCGCGCCUUAUGGCUUGGAGAAGGACAGUAGCAAGCUGCAGCCCUUCAACUUGGCCUACCUGAAAGGUUUUGCCAGAAGCACCACUCUGCUGAUGCUCCUUCACCGGUGCAAGGCUCUUGGCUUGAAUGGUUCUUCGCCGGGACUGGCGCCGCUGUGGUCCUCUGUGACGAGGAUCUGGGUGCAUUGCAUGGAGUCUUCAAACAGAAUAGAUGAGGCUCUGACGAACAUGAAGCUCUCCAGCCGUGGAUCCCUGCGGAAAGCUAACAACUUGAUUCAGCUGGUCUUUAUGCUCCAGAACCUCAAGUCCCUCGGCCUAUCAGACAGCUCCUCCUUUGCGCAGCGUUGGAACAAGAUGUCCAGCAAGACAUUUCAAAUUGUCGGGAGAAAGGCGUCAGCUUUGAAGUUGCUUUUGGAGCAAACGCCUCAAAGUGUUCUCACUUUGAUCUUGGACCAUGUAAACAUGCAUGGUUGGGAAUCGUGCGUGUGGAGCGACGACAACCUCGGUAGCAAGAAGAUAUUUUCCGGCUUCCAGUUCAGCUGCUCCAAGAAGUCAUGGCUCCCCAGGCUCCGCACUACGGAUGAGUCCAUGAUGUUGAUGGUGAAAUUUUUGCAAGCUUGCCACGAGCAGAAGGCUAGCUACAUGCGAAAGAAACCCGAUACUCAAGCAGUUGAGGACGCAGCCGUGAAGGCAGCCUUGUGUUGGCAUCUUGGCCAAGAACUGCUGCAACAAGUUCCCGUUGACCCCAACAAACUGCAGGCUGAAUGGUAUGACAAUUUCGCUUCCGGGGAAAACUCUGUGGAUGGCGAGCUGCAAGCUUUGCUCAUGGACAAAUCCGACACCUUCGACGUGAAGCGCGAUUGCCCCUCAUUGCGCAAGCUGGUGGAAGACCACAAAUUCUCGAAGCCAGUGGCCAUGGACACCGUGGAGGAAGUCUCUUUGCAGGUGGACAAAUUUGCUUUGAUCAUGAAACAGCUCAAGUACGAUGUUCAGGUCUACACCACAUGGACCCGCAAGGUCUCCAGUGUCAAAAGCGCUCAAGAGCAUCAGAGGCAUAUGUGGCUUUUGGAACGUCGCAAGAGAUGCCUGGCAGUGGCUGAUCAGUUUCUUUCCCGCAAUGUGAAGCUUCUGGUGUGGCAAAAGAAGGUGGAGCUCGCAAUCGCUGAGAUCAUGAAUGCAAAGCGAGAUGUGACCCAAAAAUUGUCAGUGCCUGCGGAUGAGAUCUACACCUUGGUUUGGUGGAAUGUCACGUCUCCAU